UAAUUAUAAAACAAGAGAAAUAGUUGGUGUAUUUUUAAAUUUUCUUAUUACCUUCUUUACAAAAGAGUUGUAUUUCCGGUUCCACCGGCUCUACUGAAAAAGUCAUCCUGGAGACAAUUUUUGAGGUUUUUGUCUUGAAGCAAUAUGCCGAAAUAUUAUUGUGACUAUUGUGAUACCUACUUGACACACGAUUCGCCUUCUGUGAGGAAAACCCAUUGCAACGGAAGAAAACAUAAAGAGAAUGUCCGACUUUACUAUCAGAAAUGGCUUGAGGAGCAAGUCCAAAAGUUGGUCGAUGACACCACUGCUGCAUUCAAGGCUGGAAAGAUAGCAUCCAACCCAUUUCAGAGCACUCAACAAACAACAGCUGCCAUGAUUCCACCACCCACUACAUUAGCAGGUGCAACAAAACCACCAACCACAGCUCCUCCAGCUGCCCCUGCUGCUGGUCCACCAGUUGGUGCACCUGUACCAGGAAUGUCAUUGAUGGGACCACCUCCAGGUACACAUCUACCUCCUAUGAUGCCUACUAUGACAGUUGGUAUCCGCCCCCCAAUGGGACCUCCAAUCGGACCACCUAUGGCACCAAUGAGUACGAUGGUAUCAGCCAUUCCAAUGCGACCGCCUAUUGUGGCUAGCACCACAGCUACUGUUGUUGGAGGACCUCCUCCUGGUAAAAUAGCAAGGAAGUAACACCAUUUUAGGAUUUGGGCCUGACAAAUAUGUACAUAUGUAUUUCCUGGGUUUUUUCCAUUUCAUUUUGUAUCACUCUUGCUUUCAUUCCAUAACCCUUUCUCUUUACAUCUCAUGCUCUAUUUUCCUUCAAAGUUUUUUCUUUUCCUUUAUCCAUAUUCCCUUCACCCUACCAUUUCUCUCCCCGUACUCCUCUCUCCACUAGACUCUGUCUAUCUCUUUCUCCCAUUCAGCCAGCUCUUCUCCCCAUCUCUCAUUUUUCUCUCUUCUUUUGACCACCUCCCUCUUCUCCUAUUCAUCUUCCUUUUACUAAUCACUCUCAACCACUUUCUCAGAUUCAUCUAUUGUUUUACAUACAUACAUAUAUACGUAUGUAUAGAAUCUGUGGGUAUACUGUAGGAGAUGAUAAGGGAGACAAUUCAUUUUGUGUUCCAUUUUAGAUUUUUUUUUUAUAAAUAAAAUAAAAUAUAAAAUGUUACACUGAAUCUUGAGAGGUGAAGGAGAAAUAAAACAUUGGCUGCAACAGAUUAAGAGAAUUUUCUUUUGGUAAAUAUGUCUCCAUAAAUUUAGCAGUACAGGAAAUUUUCUGUACUUCCAAAUGAAAUCUCAUAAGAAACUGCUUACCACUUUCACAAUGAUACGGAAGGAAAUAUUUUUGAUAACAUUAACUUGUUCCUUAAAUGUACUCACUUGUAUGGAUUUCUCUACCUGAGACUUAUUACCAUUUUUAAUUUCUCUUAGUAAUUAUUUUUUCUGUAUGAGAUGAUAUAUGUGUG